AUGUCGUACCGUCCGUACCACCCCUCGCACUCGGACGAGUCCAUCAAUGAGUAUUUGAACCCCCACCAGCCGGGCCAACACGCGGGUGCCUACAACUACCACCACAACAACAGUUCGUCGUCAAUCAACUUCCAGCACCCCGAGCCAGCGUAUGCCCACCACACGGGACCCGAUCGCUCGGAGUACGAUGCCGCGCUGGGCUACUACAACCACCAGAGCCUCGAGCGUCCCUCCAACAUCUUCAACACCCUGCACAUCCAGCCGCCAAACUUGUCGCCCAUCAACACCCACAACGACCCGUUCGGCGACACCCACACCGAGCGGUACGAGAUGGGCGAGAUGCCGUCCAACUUCCACCACCACACGUUCGUGCCCCACGUCUACGACGACGAGGACGACGAGCGGGAGUUCGACCAGAAGAUCCAGUACAACCAGUUCGAGGGUGACCACUACGACUUGCAGACUGUGCAUGUGCCCGAGACGCCGCCCACGCCGCCAGCGGCGCCUGAGUUUGAGACCCCGUUCGGCGACGACGGCGAGUUUGCAGAGCCUCCCCCUGAGGAGCCAGUACGUGAAAAGCCCCAGAUCGGGAUUGCCUCGGGGUUGAAUGGACACUUGGUGUUGGACUGUCCCGUGGCCACCGAGUUGUUGACCAAGUUCCCCGACUACAACCCCAACCAGAAGGACGGCGGCUUGUCGCGUGAGUUCGCGUACAUGCGGUACACUGCAGUGACCUGCGGCCCGUCAAACUUCUACCGCGACGGCUACAUCUUGCGUCCUAUUCAUUACCCCAUGCCCCGCCAGACCGAGUUGAUGAUCGUCAUCACCAUGUACAACGAGGACGACAUCUUGUUGGCGCGCACCUUGAAGGGGGUGUUCAAGAACAUCAAGCACUUGGAAUCGCGCACCAAGCUGUCCACCUGGGGCAAGGACUCCUGGAAAAAGGUGGUGGUGUGCAUCGUCAGUGACGGGCGUUCCAAGAUCAACGAGCGCGCACAGGCGCUUUUGGCAGGCUUGGGGGUGUACCAGGAAGGGUUGGCCAAGAGUAGAGUCGACGACAAGAAGGUCCAGGCCCACAUCUACGAGUACACCGCGCGUGUGGGUAUUUCCAGUGUCGAGGACACCGUCAAGUUGACCACCGAGAAGAUCGUGCCUGUGCAGUUGUUGUUCUGCUUGAAGGAGAACAACGCCAAGAAGAUCAACUCCCACAGAUGGUGUUUCCAGGCGUUGGGCCAGGUGUUGGACCCCAAGAUCGUCAUCUUGUUGGACGCAGGAACCCAGCCAUCUGGUAAGGCGUUGUACCACUUGUGGAAGGAGUUCGACAGAGACGCCCAGGUGGCGGGUGCAUGUGGCGAGAUCAAGGCCUCGUUGUCGAAGAGACAGAUCCUCACCAACCCCAUUGUGUACGGCCAGAACUUCGAGUACAAGAUCUCCAACAUCUUGGACAAGCCCACCGAGUCGGUGUUCGGGUUCAUUUCGGUGUUGCCAGGUGCGUUUUCCGCCUACAGGUACGUCGCACUCCAGAACGACGUCAACGGCAAGGGACCCUUGGAGAAGUACUUCAAAGGUGAGUUCUUGCACGGCUCCGGGGAGCUCGACCCCAACGACGACGAGUACGAGUUGAAGAAAUUUGAAAUGAGAGAAGAGGCAGGUAUUUUCACCUCCAACAUGUACUUGGCCGAGGACAGAAUUCUCUGCUACGAGUUAGUGGCCAAACGUGGAUGUGCGUGGUUGUUGCGCUACUGCAAGGCUGCGCUGGCCGAAACCGACGUGCCCGAGAGCUUGUCGGAAUUCAUCUUGCAAAGAAGAAGAUGGUUGAACGGUUCGUUUUUCGCAGCCAUCUACUCGUUGGUCAAAUUCCCCAAGCUCUGGCACUCGUCGCACUCGUUCGGAAGAAAGCUCUUCCUCCACAUCGAGUUCUUCUACCAGUUCUUGAAUCUUGUGGUCUCGUGGUUUUCCAUCAGCUCCUACUUCUUGGUGUUCAGAAUUUUGACCACCUCGCUUGCCGACCCCGAUCUUGGUUUUGCCCCUGGUAAUGUGUUGUCAGCCAUUUUCUUAUGGUUAUAUUUGGCCUCCAUCGUCACCACUUUCGUGUUGAGUUUCGGAAACAAACCCAAGGGUACCGAGCGAUUUUACAUCGUCAUCGUGGUUUUCUUUGCAAUAUUGAUGGCUUACAUGGUGUUUGCGGCCAUUUUCAUGGCCGUCCAUUCGAUCCAGGAGAUUUACAAAAAUCACACCAAGAUUACAGUCGGUUUGUUCUUUGCAAACGCAGAAUUCAGAGAUUUGGUGGUGGCAACUUCAUCCACCUAUGCAUUGUACUUUUUGGCAUCCUUCCUCUACUUCGAACCAUGGCACAUGUUCACCUCCUUCGUGCAGUACAUUUUGUUAUCUCCAUCCUACAUCAACGUUUUGAACAUCUAUGCGUUCUGUAAUAUUGAUGAUGUUUCGUGGGGUACCAAGGGUGAUACUGGAGCAAAGGAUUUGGGUGCAGCUAAGGUCAGAGAAGAUGGUACUUUCGAUGUGAAAAUCCCCAUCUCCCAGGAAGAAAUCAACCAAUCUUAUUUGGAUCAAUUGGAAAAAAUCAAAAAUCCUGUUCCAGAGGACACUUCUCCUCAUGUCCAAAGUAAUGAGGAUUAUUAUGCAUUUGUGAGAUCCAUGACCGUUUUGGUUUGGAUCACAUCCAAUUUCAUUGUUAUUGCUUUGGUGUUGUUGACUGGUGGUUUGGACCAAUUUGUUAAGCAGGCUGAUGAGUCCCGAGUCCAGCAACAAAGAUCUAUUGUAUUUUUGACGGUGAUUUUAUGGAUGGUGGCAUUCAUGGCAUUGUUCAGAUUUGUGGGUUGCAUCUUGUAUUUGAUCCAAAGGUUUGGCAGAAGCUUCAGGGGAUCUGAUCACUCAACUGCCCCAUUGAAGCGGUGA